AUGUCUUCAUUUAUUGCUUCUAUUAAGCGCGCGGCGACAAGCUUCAACCCACCGACUCUGCCAAAUGAUAACAAUCCCCUUAAAUUUGGCAUCAUAUCUACUGCAGACAUCUCGGUGCAAGCUCUCAUUCUUCCAGCAAGGAGUCAUCCGAGCGUGGAGGUAUACGCAAUUGCUGGCAGAAAUCCGGAGAAUACAGAAAAGUUUGCGAAGAAACACUCAAUCAGGAAGGUAUAUUCCGGAAAAGAUGCAUAUCAAGCCCUCGUUGAAGACCCUGAAAUAGAUGUUGUGUACAUACCCUUACCCAAUAUCAUGCAUUAUGAAUGGACGAUGCGGUCUCUGAACGCGGGUAAACACGUUUUGGUCGAAAAACCGAUUGCUAUGAGAGCGGAAGAAGCACGAAGGGCACACGAGCUUGCAGAAACAAAGGGACUGGUUCUCAUGGAAGCCAUGCACGUUCGCUUCCAUCCUGCUGUUGCACGGUUGAGAGAAAUCAUCGAACGAGGCGACAUAGGUUCCAUCAAACAUAUAUCGUCGACUACGUUUCUACCUAGUCUCGCCGGUGCCCUCUACACUGAUGACAAAUUCGCUUUGGGGAAAGGAUGCAUGAUGGAUGUCGGAUGUUAUGCUAUCGAGAUGAUUCGUCUUGUGUCUUCCUCUGUUCCGAUAUCGGUAACAUCCGCAGAGUACGAUACUGAUGUUCACCACGUUCACAACAUGGAUGACAAUGUCCGUGGCACUCUUCAACUCCCUAACGGAGUGACAGCCGACUUCGCUAGCAAGAUCUCUGUUCCACCCAGAUUCGGAAUUAUUCCAAAACUCGACUUCGGCGUAGAAGUUGUGGGAGAGAAAGGAACAGCGAAGCUGAACCAAUACAUGUUUCCCCAUCUGUAUCACUCUAUAGUUGUUACUGACCUUUCUGGGAAGAAAACGAUACACAAGGCAUACACCUUCUCAGAUGGAGAUGGCACGAGACCGGCUGGAGAGCCCUGGUGGUCUACAUUUAGGUACCAACUAGAAGCGUUUGUUACCAGGAUAAAAGGGAAUAAGCCGAGAAUCUGGAUGUCGAAGGAGGACUCAGUAGCCGUCAUGCAGGCGAUUGAACAAACUUAUGAGAAGAUGGGUAUGGAAGCCAGACCAAAAUCGCCUUAUGUUUGA